CUCCCCCCGCCCCGAGAUCCGCUCCGCCCCACCGCUUGCUCUCCGCCGGCGAGGUCUUGCGGUCUUGGAACAGUGCCGCGGGGCGUGUUGUUUUUUUUUUCCGGUUGCAUGCCCCCCGGCGGCGCCGGUUCUUGGCCGCCCGGUGGAGGUGGUCGCUGCGGUGUCCGGGGUGGUUUGACGCCGCCGCGCGGCGAGGUGGUGGGGAGCGCUGCUGUUUGGAGGCUGCUUUGAGAGGGGGGGGGAGACGUCCGUUCUUGGACAGCGGCGGCGGCGGCGGGUGCUGCAUUGGGUGGGAGAGAGAGGCUCCGGUGGAUUUGAGGCGUGUGGGGGUGGAUUCGGAUGGUCGGUUGGUAGGCUCUUUCAUGGUCGAUGGGGUGGAAGGCGGCCACGGUGGGGGGUAAGGUGGCCGUCAGCGAGAAGCUCCGGUGCGCGCCGCCGUCCGCCGCCGCCGCCGCCGCGGCGCGGUCGCGGAUGAAGCUGUGGAUGGUGCGCGCCACCACCACGGUGCUGCUCUGGACGUGCGUCGUCCAGCUCACCGCCGUCGGCGACACCUGGGGCCCCCGCGUGCUCAAGGGCUGGCCGUCCUGCAUCACCGCGCCAGAGGAGGAGGCCGCCGCCGCCGCCGCGGCGUCGCGGCCGGAGCCCAUCGUGGAGAUGGCCGCGCUACCGCCCAAAAGAAUUUAUAGGAAUAACGGUUAUCUGAUGGUCUCGUGUAAUGGUGGACUUAAUCAAAUGCGAGCUGCAAUAUGUGACAUGGUUGUAAUAGCAAGAUACUUGAAUGUCACUUUGGUUGUGCCAGAGUUGGAUAAGACUUCAUUUUGGAAUGAUCCAAGUGAAUUCCAAGAUAUAUUUGAUGUUGAACACUUUAUAACCUCUUUACGAGAUGAAGUUCGCAUAUUGAGAGAGCUGCCCCCAAGGGUAAAAAGAAGAGUUGAACAUGGGAUGUACCACUCAAUGCCACCAAUAAGUUGGUCUGAUAUCUCCUAUUACCAUAAUCAGAUUCUUCCUUUGAUUCGGAAGUACAAGGUUCUCCAUUUGAAUAGAACUGAUGCUAGGCUAGCAAACAAUGGUUUACCUAUGGAGAUUCAGAAACUGCGUUGUCGGGUGAACUAUGCCUCCUUGAGAUUUACUUCAGAAAUUGAGGAGUUGGGAAAGAGAGUAAUUAGGAUACUCCGCCAAAAUGGUCCUUUCUUGGUUCUUCACUUACGUUAUGAAAUGGAUAUGCUGGCUUUCUCUGGCUGUACACAAGGUUGCAGUAACGAAGAAGCAGAAGAGCUCACAAGAAUGAGGUAUGCUUAUCCAUGGUGGAAGGAGAAAAUUAUUAACUCAGAAUUGAAACGAAAGGAUGGUCUUUGCCCAUUGACACCAGAGGAGACUGCUCUUGUCCUCAGGGCAUUAGACAUCGAUAGAAGCAUGCAGAUAUACAUUGCAGCUGGAGAAAUUUAUGGUGGAAAGCGUAGAAUGGCUGCUCUCACUUCAGCUUAUCCUAAUGUGGUGAGGAAGGAGACACUUCUGGAACCUUCUGAUCUAAUGUUCUUCCAGAACCAUUCAUCACAAAUGGCAGCGCUAGAUUACUUAGUUUCUUUGGAAAGUGAUAUAUUUGUUCCUACAUACGAUGGCAAUAUGGCUAAAGUUGUUGAGGGUCAUCGCAGAUACAUGGGAUUCAAGAAGACAAUCUUGUUAGAUCGAAAACUUAUUGUUGAGCUAGUAGAUCAAUACAACAACGGUUCUUUGCGAUGGGAUGAGUUCUCUCUAAUGAUAAAGGCUGCCCAUGCAAACCGGAUGGGAUCAGCUUCAAAGAGGACGGUGAUUCCUGACAGACCCAAGGAAGAGGACUACUUUUAUGCUAAUCCCCAAGAAUGCCUGCAAGAUUCUAGUCUCUUACGGACAUCAUGAUAUCCACUUAUGUUAAUAUUUCAUCCACGCUAUACCAUUCUUUCGUAAAUGCAACUGUGAAUCCAGAGUCAUCGCUAUUCGAAAGACGGCUCGGCCUGAGCUCGAGCCAUAGAUCAAUUCUGGAAACUCAAGGACAAAGGGAGGUAGGAAGGGGGGUUUUGUUGGAUGUAGUUGGUAAAUACACAUAAUAGAAAUGGAGGCAGAUUUGUUUGUUCCACAGAAUAAGAGAGUAACACUCUUUGUAUAGAUGGUGAUAGAAAAAUCUACGACGAAGGCAAGGUAAAUUAAGAGAGAUGCUGGACUCCCAUCUCUGAUAUUCUCAGGUGGUGUAACAUAGCAAUUGUUCAUGGGAUAGCCUCCCCCGUCCUCCCCAUCGGCAGAAAUUUUGCCCAUCGAAGUUGUUGGAAAAAAAAUGAUAUAUAUACACACUGUUUAUUGAAUCGAUACAACCUCUGUGGUAACUUGUGCAGAAUGUUGCUACCACAUGCAAUUUGUUA